AGGUCGGAAGAGGAAGAAGUCGGCGCGUGGUGGCACGUGCCACGUGGAACACGCGCAUUCCGGCCGUUGUUCGACAGAACGGAAAGAAGAUGAAGAGGCACGGAUCUGCUGACGUCCUGCACGUCGCCGGCGCCCCGACGCCGAGCGCCGAGGUCGCCUCGCGGACCACCAUGGCCGCCGCACCUGCCACACAUCAUCGGGUCUUCGCCGCCGCUGCCACCGCCGCAAGUGCGGUGUGACACACGCCAACUUCAACGCUCUUCAGUUGCAUUGUGCGCCAUCGGCCCCGACCUGACUUUGUUCGGCGCGACCGACGUGCGAUCCCUUCGUAAUCAUGGCUCCAGCAGCGCCAUCCAACCUGCACGACCGGCCCGCCUCACGGGCACGUUCCCUCACGGGAGAGACUGGUGAAGUGGCGCAAUAUUCGCCGCCCGUCGAGCUUCGAGCCAAUGUGCCUGUGAUGGUGACUGAUACUGGUGACUUCGAGGACCAUGUUGUGGUGUCGCACAGGCAACAGCGGAGUCGAGCGCCAGGCGUGGCAACGCCCGCACCGACGCGCCGAAGCCGCCAUGAGUGGGAAGAACAGGAAAGUGUAGGAACUGCCGGUGCUUCAUUGCCUUCGCCUGAACAGUUGUCGUCCGUGCCGGACCUCACCUGGCCAGAGGCACAAUCGACGCUCCCGGCCAGGACCGAGCCGCCGGGAUGCACCGCUGAGAGUGAUAACUUGCCUGCUGUCCCGGAAAGAAGUGAUUGGGAGGACGUGAAUGGCUCUCCGCUGAUACCACGGUCUGAUGCCGCAUCACCUUCGCGUGGUCACGCUUCCCCUGUCUACGACGCUGGCUGUACUUGUGUCGCUGUUACGCACCACAAGCGCAAUGCAAAGAAGACCGGCAACGAUUUGCGCGUAUGGGAGCGCGAAUCUCGAAGCGCAGAAAACAACGAAGAACAAUCUUACUGUCGGCUUAACGCGAGUUGCAAAAUUUCUACGGACGCAGGGCGCGGCAGGGAAUAUAGAGAGCGUCGUGACUCAAGGCCAGCCGACGACCGAAUCAGCGAAGAAAUUCUAAAUUUUAAAAGAAAUUGCGACUUCAGUAGUUAUCAAAGUGGUGGAGGAGUCCCCAUGAGAGGCCAAGAUCUGAGAAGAGACCGCCAGUCUAAUAGAGGAGCUGAUCGGAGAGAUGUUUCGGAAGAGGAUUUCGAGCAAUACAAUAGAAAAGGCGGUAGAAGACGACCGAAGGAGGACAGAAGGGCGGGGGACGUAUAUCACGAUUACAGAAGGGUGCACUGGAGUUGUGACAACUAUGACGACCGGAGAGCGUACAGGGACGAGAAAUUCGGGGCCGACUUCCACGAGCCCGCCCGUUUCCACCAUCGGCUAGACCAGUGGAGAAUGGAGAGAAGCCACGUCAAAAGAAAGGAACAUCGGUUCGUCCGCACUAGUGACCGUUACGACGAAAGACGUGAAAACCGUCGACAACCGCCCGGAACGUGCCCGGAACCCUGCCUGAAUGAACAGGACUGGCGAACCGAACGAACACACCUCAAACGUGAGCCCGACUUUUCUUCUGGGGAUCCACGAAAAACAUAUCGUGUUAGCAGGCACCCAAAAUUCCAUGGCAAUGACCUGUCCACUGGCGCUCUCUACGACCGGGGGUGCGUUGACGAUGCUACUUGCAAUUGCAAAUACGGCGACUACGGGAGAAAACGCGACGGCUGCAGUCAUUACGAGUACGCACCACGUUUGGGCCACGAAAACAUGUAUUACGAUGAGUUAUACCGGACCAACCCAGUGUACAGGCAGCAAGUCGAUGCAUACUAUUCCCGUUUUGGCUACAGCUCUGCGCAGCAAAUUGACUGGUGGAAUGUGCGCGCUGGGCCAUUGUCCGCCGACGCGUACUUGCGCUGGAACCAAAAUUUUGCCGACGACCAUGUCCACGACAAUGCACCCGAGCUACAAGAAGUGCUGAAGUUCCCACGACCACACCCUAUUGUCAGUUUCUGCGGCCUCAAUGGCCUGGUCAAGCUGGUUCCCACUAUCAGUGGAAGUAAUCCGCCGCAACUCAUCGAGAUUCACAGCCUCACGCCCUUGUUUCAGAAGGAGCCAUGUUUCCGCGAACUAGAGGCAUUUCCGGGACCUCUGAUUAGGUCCGAAACGCACAAGCACACCGUGAUCCACUUUUGCAAGAAGAAGAUCGCGUCAUUUGCCAAAAUCCCCGACUUGCCCGAUCGGUCCUCGCACAUUCUUCUCUGGGAGCUGCUUGUGCUCCUGCUCCGACAGAACGGGCUGGUCUCGGGUUCGGAAAUUGCAGAGCUGUUGAUUAAGGACCAUGAAAUGUUGGAGCCGACACCGUCAGUGCUAUGUUCCCGGCCAAUGUGCGAUGGGGAUGCGGAUGUAUCAUCCAAGAGCUCUGGUGUGUGCACCGGCUCGUCGUUUGAUGACAUCGCGGUGUGCGACGGCAGCCAGCUCGGAACCAUUACCACUAGUCACGCAGUCGCGAAGUUCCGCGAGUUCCUACUCUUUGGACGCAAAAAGUGCGCUUUGGAGUGGGCCGAGAAGCACGGUCUCUGGGGUCACGCGCUGUCGCUGGCCUCAAGGAUAGACAACAGAACGCAUGCAGCCAUGAUGGCUCGCUUCACGAACGCUCUGUCCCUGAAUGACCCUCUGCGUACGCUGUACCAACACCUGUCUGGACGACAGCCCGCUGCUGUCACUCUCGUUGCCGCCGAGAAAUGGGGCGAAUGGAGACCUCAUUUGGCCAUGAUCCUCUCCAACCCAUCGACAUGUCCGGAAACAGACGCCCGUAGCGUCACCAUCCUUGGCGACGCUUUAGCCAGCCAUGGCUGCUUAUCGGCAGCGCAUUUCUGCUACGUGGCUGCCCAUGCCGAGUUUGGGUCGUAUUCUCGCAAGUGCAACAAGCUUGUGUUGCUCGGAGCCAGCCACCAGACGCUCCCGUUUCGCGAGUUUGCGUCCAACGAGGCAAUCCACUGCACGGAGAUCUACGAGUACGCCCGCUCUCUGUCCGACCCCAGCUACACGCUACCGCAUUUGCAGCUGUACAAGUUUCUUCAUGCCAUGCGGCUCGCUGAGUACGGAUUUCCGGAAGAGGCGCUUCUCUACUGUGAGAUUCUGGCAGAGGCGAUGGCGCAGCACUGCGUGUCGGUGCACAUAGCAGCACAGACAUAUGAGUUGGCCAACCGAUUGAAGUACCACGUGCCAGAGUUUAUCCAAGAGCAAACGGAGCGACACGAGAUCGGCGAGGCUACUUGGCUGGAUGCCCUUGCCCAAAUGGUCUCUGAACAUCGAGCAGCUGACAAUAGCGCCGUGCCCCAGGCUGGAGAUCAUUGCACCUUUAGAAGCGAUGGAGAGAGUGAUGAAACUGGUUUCAUGACUGAAAUAUUGAGUGCGGACAGCGGUUUCCAGAGUCAGCCAAAUGUUGCCAGCGCGGACUUUUUGGGGUGCGACACCGACGGAUAUGUUCUGCGGCAGCCAGAAAACUACUUCAGCUCUUACGUAGACACUUCUGUGUGCAAGGAUAUUUCACCGCCGCUAGAACAGUGGAGUUCAGUGGCGGAUACACAUGCUGCAGUCUCAGCUGCGGCUGAGCAAUGCAGCUCGAUGGCGGAGGACGCCGCCCGUGAAAACUCUCAAAUUCAAGCGUCGGCCGAUCUUUCAUUCCUUGCGACAGCUCCGCCAACUGUCGAAGACUGUCGUCAAUCAGCACAGCCUCACCUAUCGCCUCACCUAUCGACACCUUCGAACGAGUGCAACUUUACGGGUGCAACGAGUGCAACCCAACCGUGUGUAAGCAACAGGUCAUCACAGACAGACACUUCGGUACCACCAUGUCCGCCUGCCAGCACGGAGGCCGUGCGAUUCGACUACUACAGUGCUUCAGUUUAUCAGCAACACCCCGAAACUUUGACUUCGCAGGAUUGCGGUAGCGGCGUCAGCAGCAGCACAGACGUUCGCGUCCGGCGAGACUACGUUGACGACACGACCGCGUCCUCUGUGCACCGACGUGUUCAACCAAAGCGCCCAACGUCUGAAUCGGAACGUGCCAGACCAGCUACUGAUAAGCCACGAGAGGCUGCCAGAAAGAGCUGGCUGGGGGCCAUCUUUGGGAAAAUAGCUCCGAGGCAACCCAACCAGAUCAUUCUUCCGGAUGACAAUGACCCCUGCAUUGUGUGGGACGAGGAGAAGAAGUGUUGGGUGGACAAGAAUGCUGUGCCCGGUGAAGCGGACGGGCCGAUGGCGGCGCCUCCAAAGGACUCCAGUUUUGGAGGCCAGAAAUCGUUCAGCGGUAAGCCCGGACAGAGCCGGUUUCACUUGAGCAAGCAGCGCUCUCUGCGCAGACGCUACGUGGAUGUGCUUAACGCAGACAGUAGUAAGGCAUCUGGUGACUCUCCCUCAACGCCGACGCCGUUUUUAGAAGAGCAACCGGCUUGCACGCAAGGCGCGCCCAAGCUUUUCGUUCCCCAACUUUCGACCCAACAGAGCGGCGGCUCUGGAUGUGACUUUGUAUCUUGUGCUCCCGUGCCAGACCAGACAGCGACUCCGGCUCUGCCGUUAUCACCAGUGACAUCGGUACACUACUGGUCAUCACCUAUGCCCACGCCAGCGCCAAUGAUGUUCAGCACGACAUCUAGUACUGCAACCGGAUAGACACCGGAGACAUCAGCUUCAGAGUUCCUUUUCAUUUUUUUCCCUUGCAAAUACAGAUCAUUAGUUGUGGCUCUCCUGCA